CUAUCAGUGCGCUACGGUAGUUAAUGAGGGAGGGAUUUUCUCAGUGGAUAAAUAAUAGUGAAUUUUACUUCCUCACAUGUAGGUAGACUCUUUAUAAGAGUUAUCGCAUCUCAGGUCUUAUCCUUCGAACUGCCCAGACCUGCGCGUAAAAUUUGGAUAAAAUGGUGACAAGCGGCUUAGCGACAUUAAUAAGACUUCUGUCGUGGGGUUAUUGCGUAUUAGCCACGCAGGUCGCCUUCUCCAACUUCUCCUUAGACAACGAGGUGCGAUCCAGCUUCAUUCAGCGGCGGCUACGAAGCCAGGAACGCAGGGAGAUGCAACGGGAGAUCCUCUCCAUCCUGGGUCUGCCGCAUCGUCCGCGGCCGCACGUUCAUACCAAACACAUCGCCGCCCCGAUGUUCAUGCUGGACCUGUACAAUACGAUCUCUACAGACGCUUAUUCUUAUUACAGACCCGUUUUACCGAGCCAGGCCUCCUCCACGGUGACCCCACAGGACAACCGCUUAAAUGAUGCAGAUAUGGUGAUGAGCUUUGCCAACCUGGUAGAUCGGGAUCAAGACCUUCUGUACCAGCACCAUCAAACGGAAUUUCGUUUUGACCUUUCCCGUAUUCCAGAGGGAGAGGCCAUCACAGCAGCAGAGCUCAGGAUUCACAAGGAUUUCAUCCAGGAACACUAUGAGAAUGAAACAUUCAAAGUCAAUGUUUACCAGGUUCUGCAGGAGCCUGCUAACAGUGAGGUGGAGCUGCUGCUGCUGGACCAACGAGAUGUUUGGGCUGCAGAGGAGGGCUGGCUGGUUUUUGACCUGACUGCUACCAGUAACCUGUGGCUGUUCAGCCCAGAGCAGAAUCUCGGCCUGCACCUGAUCCUGGAAGACAGCCAUGGUCACAGGAGGAACCCCCGACUGGCAGGGCUGGUCACAGGUGGUAGGCCCCAGGACAAGCAGCCCUUCAUGGUUGCCUUCUUCAAAGCCAAUGAGGUGCGAUUCCGCAGUAUCCGAUCUGCCCAAGGCCACAAGGGGCGCCAAUCUAACCGCUCCAAACCCCAGAGGACUGUCCAAGAUGCGCUAAAGGCAGUGGAGGCUGCAACAGAUAACCUCGGGAUUUCUAAAGAGGGGUGUAAAAAACAUGAGCUCUAUGUCAGUUUCAGAGAUUUGGGAUGGCAGGACUGGAUCAUAGCACCAGAGGGCUAUGCAGCAUAUUAUUGUGAAGGAGAAUGUGCCUUCCCUCUCAACUCCUACAUGAAUGCCACCAAUCAUGCUAUUGUGCAAACUCUGGUUCAUUUUAUAAACCCAGAGACGGUGCCUAAGCCCUGUUGUGCCCCUACGCAGCUCCAUGGCAUCUCAGUGCUCUACUUUGAUGACAGCUCCAAUGUCAUUCUCAAGAAGUACCGCAACAUGGUGGUCAGAGCCUGCGGCUGUCACUGAUCGCUAUUCCCAGUUUUAUGAGUUUUGCAAAUUCAGAGGGAUGCUUGAGAAAGACUGAAGCAGAGGAACCAGAGACACUGGGUGCUUGGUCACCAGGGAGCUCCUGCCACAGACUGAGCUUUAAUCUGGUACAGGUAUACUGUUUUUAUGACCAGCAGCUGAGCCUCCCAUCAGUAUUAGCCAGUACCACAGCUAUUGGUCAGAGCUGUUGGUCUGGACAAAAUAUUUUCUCUUUUUUUUGUGUGUGAUUGGAAAAAGUGCAGCAAAAUAACUGAGAAGUGUGGAGUUAUUUCAGAAACUCAAACAAAACAUGGUAAUAAAACAUGUAAAAAGUUAUGACCUUUUCCUCCAUCUACAGAGAUUAUAUAAUGUGCCAUACAUCUGUCUUUGUGACCAACAUGAGAAUAUAAAUGUUACUUGGGUAGAAAUGUGCAUCUGAUAACAUGUUACACAGCCGAUAAAGCUAAAUAUCCAUCUUCAUGUUGAAUUAUUUCAACUUUGUACCAGCUGGAUGAGCUGAUGAGAAAAAAUGUUCUGC